AUGGUCGAUACACCAAGUACACCUGAAGUAGGAUCAAGUACGGAAGAAAUGGAUUAUUCAAAUCUUUUGGUGGGUACGAAGAAAUCAAUGGCUACAUUUGUGCCAAUUACACCUAAUCAACCAUUGGCCAAGACUAAUGUCAUUCCACCAAUGGAUCACGCACUUGUGCGUUUAUUUUCACUGUUAAAAUCAGACGUGAUUUUACGGAGUAAUUAUUUGCCCAUGGUACCUUUUGAAGGAAAAUAUCGUGGUUUUAAUGGAGUGCUCGAGUAUUUUUCAAGAUUGUCCCAGUCGGUGCAAGUGGAACAAUUUAUUGUCGAGAGUAUUCAGAUGGAAGAGAAUGAAGAGCAGCAUGAAAAUGACAAUGUUCAUGUGGAACCUCGACACCGGCGGAAUCGUAAUCGUGUCGUUGUCAUUUCUGGAAGAGAGACCAUGCAGGUACGAUACAAUCAAACGACAUUUAUGCAACAGUGGACACACAAGCUACACUUUAAGCCUGAGGAUAGUGGCCGAGUAAGUCGGUGGGAGAUUUUUGGCGAUGUUGUGGCUUCUAGUGUGGUAUUCAAAGCGCCUGGGUGCACAACGAAUCUUACAUUACCGUCGCUAUCUGAGCGUAUUCGUGAAUCUGUUGUCGGCGGAUAUGUUGUGUCAAUCCAUCUAGGCCAAAUUACGGAUGUUCGCUCGCGGGAGCUGCAAGGAGAUGAAUUUUUUGUGCGCUGUUCUCUAGAUACGAACGAAUUUGAAGACGUGUGGCAUACGGAAGCUCAGUCUCGAGCAGCUUCUCCAGUAAAAUGCCCUACCGACUCGUCCGGCACCGAACUUGUGCCAUCGUGGUCAUACGAUUAUCAGCAAGAACUGUUUUUGCAGUUUGAUAGACUAUCGCGUGAUGACAAUACCGUGCUGCUUGUUGAGUGUUGUCGUAAUUCAAAUUACGAGGUUGUUGCUCGUACUCAUGUGAACCUCGCCAGCAUUUUGAACGGCAGCACUGCUGGCAGCAUCAUUGGUACUAACGGAACGAUUUCCAGUCUACUGAUGGGGCGACGAGGUCGUAGAAAGACUAUCGAAGGCGAACUGCAGAGUUACGUGCUGUCGAACGAUCGCCAAAGCUUUUUUGGUAAGUUGCUACUGGGCCUCACGAUAUCUUCCAUGUCACACCGGCCAAUCUCGCAGCAAUCCCCGAUGUCGAGCUUUCGGGAGAGCUAUAGGGAUAGCUUCUGCUCAGAAGAUGGUAGUGUUGUCGGUGCUGCAUCUCUUCCGUCAGCACGUACGAGCUUUCGCUCGUUUACAAAAAAACAGCAGUUUACACUUCCUGGGGAGGAAAUCAUGCAUCAGUUCGUUAUUAACGGAGUGCGGUAUCAGCUAGCAGAAAAGUACCGCAUGGUGAAAAUUGUUGGAAAGGGAACGUACGGUGAGGUGAUAGCAGCAAGCGAUUUUGUAAACGGCGGCACGUUUGCAAUCAAGAAACUGGGUCAAUUUUUGCGGCAUCCGAAGGUGGCAUUACUAGCCCUGCGUGAGAUUAAACUAAUGAGCGAGAUUGGUACUCACCCCUGCCUUAUGGGCUUUCACGAGCUGCAGCGACCGCUUGACUAUGAACAUUUUGAAGAUUUGUAUAUCAUUCAGCCACUUAUGGAAACAGACCUAUGCCGCAUUAUUCAUUCAAAGGAGAGUCUAAACGACGACCAGGUGCAAUACUUUUUGUACCAAAUGCUUUGUGGCAUUCACUAUCUACAUUCUGCAGAUGUGUUGCAUCGCGACAUUAAGCCGAGCAACAUUCUCGUGAACUCGGACUGCCGACUUAAGAUCUGUGAUUUCGGGCUUGCGCGGCAUGCCAAUGAUCGAGACCUUGCAGAAGGACUCUCGGAAUAUGUGGUUACACGGUGGUACCGUGCUCCAGAGCUUUUGCUGGCUAACGCGUACACGAAGGCAAUUGAUAUGUGGGCAAUCGGCUGCAUUUUUGCUGAGCUAUUGGGGCGGCGAAUCAUGUUUCCAGGCACGUCGUAUGUGGAUCAGCUCAAAGUGAUCGUAGAUAUUGUAGGCACGCCCACGACCUUCAGUUUCUGCGAUAACCCCGUUGCGUGCCGCUACGCUGGACGCCAGUUUCUGAUCCAAAGCCAGAAGGUGGCAAAAGUGGAUUGGUCGCAGGUCUUUCCAGAAGCCAAUCCGGACGGACUUGAUCUGCUGGAUCGCUUGUUACAGUUUGAUCCGGCCAACCGUAUCACGGCUGCCGAGGCGCUAGAGCACCCAUACGUGAGCCAGUGGCGCAAUAUGCAGUUGGAGCAACCGUGUCAUGCCGACGUAGCGACGAAGCUCACGCAGUUCGAUUACGCUCAAGUGUCGUAUGAUCCGCAAACACUAAAGGACUUACUCUAUCAGGAGGUCAUGAAAGCAAAGGUUCCACCUCAGGAGCAGGAAACCAUUGCCGAGUAA